CUUAGAACUCUUCAGUAAUAAAAACAACAUUGCCACGAAAUAUUGACAAUAUGGCUGACUGGGAAGAAGUGAAACGUCUGGCAGCUGAUUUUCAGCGAGCUCAACUGAGCAGCACGAGGCAAAAGUUAUCAGAGAGAAAUGUGAUUGAAAUUGUUGCCAAGCUGGUGGAACAGAAAUUGAUAGAUGUAAUUCAUACAUUGGAUGGCAAGGAGUACCUGACACACCAGGAACUGGCUAAGGAAAUUCAGGAUGAGCUAGUUGUUCAUGGAGGGAGAAUCAACUUAGUUGACCUGCAGCAGAUUCUGAAUGUUGAUUUUCGACAUAUUGAGGAUAAAGUUACAGAGAUGGUGAAACAGGACCGAAGCCUCACGCUUGUCUUAGGACAGCUUGUUGACAAGAACUACUUAGACAGUAUGGCAGAGGAGGUGAAUGAUAAGCUACAAGAUAAGGGUUACCUAACUAUGGUGGACAUCACCAAACAGUAUGACUUGCCGUCCGAUUUUGUCUCAUCACACAUCAGAGACAGAGUAGGAAAAAUUAUCAAGGGAAAGCUAGACUCCCAGGACAGGGAUGUGAUAUAUACUGGAGCAUUUAUCACCAGAAUGAAGGCACAGAUACGAGGGGCUCUUAGUGCCGUUACAAGGCCAACUACUGUUGCCAUGGUUAUGCAGCGAUAUGGAUUCCAAGAAAGACUCUUCUUUAAUAUUUUGGAGGAGCUGGUUCAUACUGGUCGAUUAAAAGGAAGUCUGAUUGGAAGGCAGGAAAAGAUGAUGUAUAUACCAGAAAUCUACACCAAGGCACAGAACGAUUGGGUGGACAACUUCUACAAACAAAAUGGAUAUCUGGAAUAUGACACCUUAGUACGACUGGGAAUUUCUGAUCCCAAGACUUUCAUUAAGAAGCGCUUUAAGUCUGAGCCCAUUAUUUACCUGAAGCGUGUCUGUGUGGGCAGUGGGCUGAUGGACCAGAUCGAGUCAUCCAUGGAAGAGGCGGUCACUACUGACGGAUACUCAGAUGUCAUGCCUCUGCUGCCGUCAGUUUUCACUGAGGAGGAUUGUCAUCUCCUGCUACAGGAGUGCGUCAAGAAGCAGACGGAUGCCAUCAUAUGCUGUGAUACCAUAGUAACCAGUCAGAAAUACAUCUCAAAGUGGAAGGAACCGUUUGUUUCACUCGUCGAGGAAAAGGCUGAGAAGGAUGCAAGAAGUAACCCCCAUUUAUUUCUGACCACAGACAAAAAAGGGGCAACAUCCAAGUCUGUGAUUUCAGAGGAAGGCUCUAAAGAGGACAGAAAAGAUCAAAGGAAGAAAAAACAAGCCAGUUCCACAAAAAGUGGUGGUGGAACCCAAGGUCGUGAGGUCAAGAUGAAGGCCACCAAGAAGAAGUAUCACAAAGGUCGUGGGGACCAGGGAGGGGAUUCCGAUGAGGAGGAAGUAUCACGUCCCCGUCAAACAGAGGUACAGUUCAUGUCUGUGGAGGAGAUCACAGAGGAAUUAAGGAAACAACCAGAGCUCAGAGAUUGUCCCGAAGACUUCAUCACUGAGAUUGCUACUCAAAUACACAGACCCCUAAACAGAGAAUAUCAUCAAAAGGCAGUGAAUGUUCUACAUUCCACAGCAAUCCAGAGUUCUGGGUCAGGGAAGAAAAAGACACACAGUGACCUACAGGAGAAAAUCACGGGACUCUGGACCAAUGUCUUGCUGUUUGAAAAAGGGGCAAAGUGCUUUCAGGAGGAGACUGAAGUUCUUAUUAAACAUUUACUGAAGACUGUGUGUACUGACAUCACAAACGUGGUGGUAAAUGUCCUCAUGCAUGACCACAUGUUGUCCAAAUCGGAAGAAGAGGAGACUCUAACCCCAGAGUCUCGAGCAAAAUAUAUCAGCAAACUUCCUGAAAGUGUUCAGCAGUGUGCUACCAAACUUAACAGCUCAUUGAAUGGAAAAUCUUUGGAUGAGUUUUACAAGCAGCUGGAGGUUCUUUGUGGUCCUGAACACCUUGGAAUUUUACUGAGAAAACCUGAUAAAAGGAAGGAAAGACAGCUGAUCUUCAAUCACCGCCAGGCCCUCGUGGAACAGUUGUCAACAGAGACAGAUCCGGCCAUGCUCUUACACCUGUCUGUGGUCAUUUUAUUCCAGACUUUUACCUCCAAUAUUGUUCAUGCCCCUGGAAAAUGUGUCCCCCAAAUUAUCACCUUUCUAAAACAACACCUCGCACCUGAGUCUCAUGAGCUACUUGUACAGAUGCAAGACCUAGUCAUUCAGCAGAUGAAGCUACAGAGUGAAGACAAAGACAUGUCCGAGGUUAUGGAGGAACUAAAGAAACUGAAACCACAGGUGGUAGAUAUUGCCACCAAAACAAAGAAGUCAACACAGAAACAGGAAGAGGAAAAGUGAAAGUAGAAUGGGAGGAAAGGGACUGAAAAAACGAUCCAAAGGAAAAAAAUCAUAAAGAUAUUCUAAAUAGCAUUAAUCAGCCAUCUUAAGCUAAAGAAUUUUUUUUUAUAAAUAUACUUGUGUUUUCUUGCUAGCAUAUGUUGAUAAAUUAUCAGGCAGUUUGACAUGUUUUAGUCACUUUAAAAAUAAUACUACCACCAAUAAAAUUU